CGCAUGUGGCGCCUGCGCCCUGCGUGUUGGAAGGUCCCUGAGCAGCGGUUGCGGCCCCGGCUGGGAGCGGGAGAGGCGGGUCGGAGGCAGCGCUGGGAGCGGCCCAGCCCCUGGGUGGCGGCUCCCUGCGUGCCCGGCCUGGCGGCGCGCCAUGUCGGUCAGCGAGAUGUUCAUCACCCUGCAGGGGGUCCUCACCGCCGACCAGGACAUCCGAGAGGAGAUCAGGAAAGUGGUUCAGACCCUGGAACAGACGGCGCGGGAGAUCUUAACGCUGCUGCAGGGGGUUCACCAAGGCGCUGGAUUUCAGGACAUACCAAAGAAGUGUCAGAAGGCCCGGGAACACUUUGGUGCAGUCAAAACACAGCUAGCAUCUCUGAAGACCAAGUUUCCAGCUGAUCAGUACUACAGAUUUCACGAACACUGGAGGUUUGUGCUACAGCGCUUGGUGUUUCUGGCAGCAUUUGUUGUCUACUUGGAGACAGAAACAUUAGUGACUCGAGAAGCGGUUACAGAAAUACUUGGAAUUGAGGCUGAUCGAGAGAGAGGUUUUCACCUGGACAUUGAAGACUACCUCUCUGGGAUUCUGACUCUUGCCAGUGAGUUGUCUAGGCUGGCAGUGAACAGUGUCACCGCAGGUGACUAUUCUCGUCCUCUUCGCAUCUCCACCUUCAUUAACGAGCUGGAUUCUGGCUUCCGUCUCCUCAAUCUGAAAAAUGACUCCUUGAGGAAGCGCUAUGAUGGCUUGAAGUACGACGUCAAGAAAAUUGAGGAAGUGGUUUAUGACUUGUCAAUCCGAGGACUCAAUAAGGAAGCAGCGAGUGAUGCUGGGGGAGAGAAAUAGAAGCUGCUGUUCUAGCAGCAUCACGGAUUACCUCAGAUGGUUGCCAGUGAGGGAGGUGUGUUAGCAAAGCCCUCCUGCCGUAGUUUAGAAGAACCACAAGCUGAAAAAUGCUCUCUAUUUUCUUACCAAAUGUGUAGUACGGGUGUUAGAACGCAAAACGUUUUGUAAAAUCAUGUCUAGGGAAGGGCAGCAGGCUUUCUGUUUCCAGUGAAGUUAUUCUGUCAUAAACACACAUCACUGUUCUGUGUACCAUAGCAAUAGCUGUCAAGAGCUUCCUGCAGCUGAAAUUCCCGCUUAGUUCCGUGGAGUCACUUCAGCUCCACCGCUGUAUUGUUCUGGCAGUGACGUGCUUCAGCUUUCUGUGCCCACACAUCCUCAAAGGUGUGUGCGUGGGAUGCAGCUUAACGCAAAUAUGACAUGGCAUUUUGAGAGACAGUGUGUAGCUAUUAGUUCCUUUUUUAAAAAAACACUGAUCUUCAUUGACAAUUUUUUUUUGUAAUUUCCACCCACUUUAGUAACUUGACUAGCAGAGACUUGUAUAGCAGUUUACUGGUUACAGCAUAUCAAAAACACUAAACUGCAAAAUUAGGCUAAGCAGCUCAUGUAGACAUAUCACUGGGAAUCAGUCUUUUCCAUAUAACUUUGGCAUAUCAUGCCCAGGCAUCUCAGUAUUAUUUUUUAAAUGACGAGAUUUUUGUUACCAGAAGGACAGCCGGCUGUUUCUCAGAAAUGUCUGCUUUCGCUUGUUGGUAUUGUUCGUUACUGUGGGUAAACAAUGUUGAAUUUUAAAGUGAAUCAUUUUAUUUUGAGCACUCUACAUAAUUACCUUUCCAACUAUCAGACUUUCUAGCACAUGCAUGCUAAGGAACACCUGAUAAAAUGCAGGCAUCUUUUGGGUUCUGAGUACUUUGUUCCUGAAUAGGCCAAAAGUUCUGUUUUUUUUUUUUAAGAUCCCAGGUAGUUAGUUCAUGUAAUAAAAUGUUUGUAUCUUAAGAAAAGGGAAAAAUUAACUUCGUCUAGUUUGCAUAUGAGAUUUUUAUACCCCAAAAACCUGUUUUUUUCAUUAUGUCAACAUGCAGAUUCACACAUCACACAGCGUGUUUAUACCCCUUUCCUAAAGGCAUGUAUUUGAAUUUUACAAACUUUUUUUACCAUUUUGUGUAAUGUCCUAGUUUUUCUUCUUUAAAUAUAAUUUGUCUAGGAUAAGAACUGUUUUCAAAGGAUACAAAUACCACUUGUUGAAUAUAAACAAGCAAAAUUACAAGCAGUUGUUGAAAUUCCUGUGAAUCUUUUAGUUUGUAAAAGUUUUUGUAGUUAGCUGUUAAAGCUUGUUUUAAAAAAAUCAUUGGGAGAAACAAGUUUCUUUGUUAUCUUGACCAAUAAAAGCUGUUCUUUGACUUCGUGUCCAUCUGGUAA